CUCUCGCCGGCCGUUCAUCAGUCAUUCAGUUGAACAGAUAUCGACUGUGCGAUCCGCAGUGGUGCCGUGCGUGCGACGAUGAGCUCCACGGGCAACGUCGCCGGCGGCGGCAAGAAGGUGUCGUGGCCGGAGGUGGUGGGGCUGCCGGCCGGUGAGGCCAAGGCCGUCAUCCUCAAGGACAAGCCCGACGCCGACGUGAUCUUCGUGCCUUUCGGGGCGGGGGUGCAGCAGGACCUCAGCCUAAACCGCGUCCGUGUCUUCGUCGGCACCAUCGCCAGCGUGGUGACCGUCGUCCUCGCCCCAAAGGUUGGCUAGCUAAGCGACCUAGCCAGGGAGCUAUGGUUAGCUCAUGAAAUAAAUUCAUAAACUGAUAUCAUCUUGCAAAUUGAUUUCAUUUAUGUGUGUUGUCGUAUUCUUUAAUGUUCAGUUUUUGAGCUUCGGUUGUAAGACAUGUAAUGGUGAAACAUUGAAUUUGCGAGCAUGUACGGCCUUGCGAAAGA